CACCAUCGUCCCUUCGUUGUAAGCUUGCUCUUCAAGUAGAUCAUUACAAUCAUGCUAAGGCGACAACUGGGAUUGCAUGUCAAUGCCUCUAUAUUGUCUAGCAUACGAUUAAGGGCUACUGCUGUGAAUAGUGUAUCAAUCACCAGAAAUCGGUAUAUCUCCUACUCACCGAGACUUUCUACCCCGGCAAGCAAUUCGAAGCCUGGAUCUGCGGGAACGACAUCUUCAACUACCUCCUCUCCUAACUCUUCGCCGUCCUCUAGCUCUCCAGCUAGCUCAAGAGGUAAAAGUGCAAGAGAGUGGGUCAUCGUCGGAGCAACAGGUGGAGUAGCAGUAGCGGGUGCUUGGUGGUAUUUAACAACAUCUCCCAAUUCAAGCGAUUUGGCAAGUCAACAACAAAAGAGAACUUUCAGUAUGUCUCCACCACCUCGUACACAAUUCACAAUUCCAAUGCGUGCUCCUGACGGAAGUGUGGUACAUUCAAAACCAAUUUAUACUUUACAUCCCAACGAAGUGGAUCAUAAACUUCGCGAAUUUGAGAGCAAGACACAUGUCACUGAUGAAGCAUCGCAAUGUCUUGUGCAGCGGUAUGAAACGAAUAGCCUCGCAAGCAACUCCCCCAUCGAAGAUCGUCAUUCUCAAGUCAUCGUUCAAAGAGAUCGAGAAGCAGCAGGGAUGGAAAAGGAAAAAUUGGGCGAUUUGGCUUUCUUCGCUGUGAUGGAUGGUCAUUCCGGGUUUCACACCAGUCAACUUUUAUCGCAAAAGUUGAUUCCUUUGGUAGCCGUUGAGCUUGACAAAGUGAUUCGAGAAGCAGGUGAAUACGGUCAAAUUGCCAAAGCAAAGGCAACAUUACCUGCUAAACUUUGGCGUUCGAUCUUUGGCGGACCUGAAAGUGCUGCUUCUUCUGAGGCUUUGUCAACUUCUGGGCUUGAUGGCGACCCUGAAAUCAUAAAGAGAGCGAUUAGUAAAGCAUUCCGAGGAUUGGACAAAGAGAUCGUUAAUCGACCCGUUGGGUUGUUGAAGGAAUAUGAAUUAGCAAGAGAUGCAAUGAUUGGCAAACAGAAUGACGCAAAAGGAGAAAAGGAAAUCAAACGACUGUCCUCAUUAGCACAAAGUGUUUUCCCUCAAGGAAGCGCUUCAGGAUCAGCUGGUGAAGGAUACACAGUCACACAAAGAAGCGCAUAUGAGACCAUGCUGCCAGCUUUGAGUGGAAGUUGUGCAUUGUUGACGUAUAUCGAUACCAUGCGUGGAGAUAUAUAUGUCGCAUGUACAGGAGACAGCAGAGCGGUUGCAGGCUGGUGGGAUUCCGAUAAGCAGAGAUGGGAAGUCGAGGCGUUGAGUAAAGAUCAAACGGGCAGAAAUGAAGAAGAAGCAAAAAGGAUGCGAUCUGAGCACCCUGCAUCUGAAGCCGAACAUGUCAUCAUGCGUGGAAGAGUGUUGGGUGGUUUGGAGCCAACGAGAGCGUUUGGAGAUGCACGGUACAAAUGGGACAAAUCAUUGCAAGAGCGACUGUAUGAUGCAUUCUUACCACCUGAAUCUCGUACAUCCAUACGUGGACCGCCAAGGCACUUUUUGACACCACCUUAUGUUACCGCGGAGCCUGUUGUGGAAUGGAGGAGAUUAUCGCAGAAUAAAGGACGUCAAUUGAAGUUUAUCAUUAUGGCAACUGAUGGAUUGUGGGAUGAUAUCUCCAAUCAAGAUGCUGUUGGCCUUGUUGCUACACAUUUAUCAGGAUUCCGUGGAACUUUGGACGCCGCUGAAUUGCAAGCAAGAUGUUACACGGCCAACAACAAAGGUGUCACGGCAGGCGAAGGAGCAACAACGGAUCAAAUCGAUACAUCAGCCAAGGAGACAAAGAACAAGCAUCCUCUAUUGAAGGACAAGCUUUCUCGAUACGUUUUUGAAGAUGAUAAUUUGGCCACACAUUUGACAAGGAACGCUUUGGGCGGUGCGAACCGAGAACGUGUUGCGAGUCUAUUGGCCAUCCCAGCUCCACAUUCAAGGCGUUAUCGUGAUGAUAUAACGGUCAAUGUUGUUGUCUUUAAUCAGCCAAGCGAAUCAAGCACGACAAUGAAUGCAAAUACACCAGCAUCAAUCGCUGAGAUUACAGAACAAGCUCCAAAAGCAAAGCUAUGAUACAUGUGUUUUAAUUCUAUAAGAUUAUGAAAGCGAUGUUUUAAUUUUGAAAGGCUUCAUCUGCUCCUGAAAUUUUUUGGGCUAGAUCGCGUAUCCAUUGUGGCAUCGCUUGUACGAUUGUUGCUAAUCGAGCCAAAUAAGGACGAUAGAUGUAUGAGCUUUUGUUGAGAUGAAUGUUAUCCACGAUAUCUUCUGCCACCGAAUCGGGAUCUUGUAACGGCAUCAGAAAUCCACCAAUACUAGACAUCUUGUAUUUAGAGAAUAAAGGUGUUGUCAUUUGACCCAAAACCACAAUCGAUGUGCGAAUAUUUGGCUUGCGAUAUAUUUUAUCCAAUUCGUAUCGCAAUGAUUCCAUCAGACCUGUUAAAGCAUGUUUGCUGGCAACGUAAUCGCUCAAUCUACUGACGCCCAGAUAUGCCAUCACAGAAGAUGUUGCAACGAUAUGACCACGU